CCUUGUAGACCACAGUGACAUGCAACAUUUCAGUACAACGAUUAGGGAAAGAACUGCCUAGGCAACUGUAGCUGUGUGCUGCGACGAAUACGUUGAAAUGCAUAGUGGUAUCCAUUGUUUUAAAGCUGAUUUGAGUUUAUUUAGACAGCCUAUAUAUAUAUAUAUAAAUAUAUAUCAACAAUUUCGCGCACUCUCGUUCUUUAUUAGUCAUUAACAAAUGACACUAUAGAUAGAGGCUAUGAUCUUGCCACGAAGGGGAGGGGCUCUUGCCUCUGGUGUGCUGCUUGAGAAAUAUCCGUUCCCCAACAGCACAGCAAGUCUACCGAAAAUACGGACCGACAGAUUGCGGCGGGCUGACGGUGACGCACAUGGAGAUCAUUUUUACAUUUUUUAAAUCAGUUGGACAGAGAGAGACAGAUGAACGUGUUUUCUCUUUUUAUUUCAAAUAGUCUACUGCGCCAGACUGAUAGUCCAAACAGCCGAUUUACCGCUUCAUGAGAGCGAGAUGUUCGUGUUGUAGCCUAAAAUACUGUCAGUGGGCUCAAUAAGACAAUCCUUGAAGGUAUGUAGCUAGGCUAAAUCUCAGAUAUUUUAGGAAAAAUUACACUGCGUUUCAGUGAACAAAAAUCCGUGAAAUGAAAACGUGCUUGAUAUUGGCACAUCCUCUCCUCAUUCAGAUGUGUUGAUGUAGAAUAUCAAUGCUUAUGACUGCAGCCUAGUCAGUCAAUAGCCUAUUCGUGUUUUCAUGUAGGUUUAAGUAUAUAUAUUUUUUUAACAUGAAUGUUUGACAGAAGUUUACCUCUUAAAGGUAGCAUUUUUCAUCACCAUGGACAGCGCACGCUCAUCAGUUGUGGCAUUGAGAGAUGUCACCAAACAUGUUUUGGAAAGACAAAAAUGUACAUGAUGUAAUAUUUGGGCAAUCUGAACAACAUAUGGAAUUGUGAAUCUAUAUUCUGUCCGUUUUUUCCAAAAUAUUAUUUUGACUGUGUGGACUUGAAUGAAUGCCAUUCUGUCUUCAAAUUUGCCUCUAGCCUGUUUACCCGCUGGGCAGUGGACUUUUCAACACCUCAGGGAAAAUCCAUUCUAAUAUCUCACUUUCCAAAUCAAAUCAAUCUUGACACCAUUGCACAUACUAGUGAAUAAUAAGUGGAGCAAGUAUUCACUUCUGAUGAACAUUCAGCCUAUUCACCGGCUAUUCACUGGUUCUUAAAGAUGUCAUUUAAAGUUAAAUACCCUCUUGGGGUGAACUAAAAUGGAUGUUGGGAGUUGGGUUCCUACCGCAGGAGAUGGGGCUGCGAAUUUCACCCCGGCCAACCUCCUGCUGGCUUCCCAUAGUGGGACCGGUUCGACACCGGGGGGUAACGGUCUGUCCAACAACAGCCAGCAGCACUACAUCACAGACCAAGCCUACCGGGACUUCACCACUACCAUCCAGGUGUUCAUCCUCAUAGGAUCCCUGUUGGGCAAUGGCACUGUUUUAUGGUGUACCUGCUGUACCAGUGUCUUCAAGUCGGUGACCAGUCGCUUCAUUAAGAACCUGGCGUGCUCAGGGAUCUGUGCGGGUCUGAUGUGUGUUCCCUUUGACGUGGCUCUAGGGGCCAGCCCUCGCUGCUGCUGGUGGCUACACACUCUGCUGCUCUGCAAGGCCCUGAAGUUCCUCCACAAACUCUUCUGUUCCGUCACCGUGCUCAGCUUCGCUGCCAUCGCACUCGACAGGUACUACUCUGUCCUCUACCCUCUGGAGAGGAAGAUCUCAGACGCCAGGUCACGUGACCUUGUCAUCUACAUCUGGAUCCACGCCACCAUCGCCAGCGUGCCCGUGUUCGCCUUAACCAACGUUACGGACGUGUAUGCAACCUCGUCCUGUUCCGACGCCCGCGCCCGCUCCCUGGGUCACAUGGUCUACGUGUUGACCUACAACGUAACCACGGUGAUCCUUCCGCUCGUUGUCGUCUUCCUGUUAAUGGUCCUGAUUCGCAGAGCUCUCAACGCCAGCCAGAAGAAGAAGGUGAUCAUCGCAGCAUUAAGAACUCCUCAGAACUCCAUCUCCAUCCCUUAUGUCUCUCAACGUGAGGCUGAGCUACAUGCUACGUUACUGGCUGUGGUGUUAGCCUUCUCAGCCUGUAGCGCCCCCUAUGGGGCGUUGGUGGUAUACCGCACUCUUCUCGGGGACGGGGAGGAUUUGUCCCCUUCUCUCCAUCUCACGGCCAUCUGGCUGCCCAAGGUGUCUCUCCUCACCAACCCUCUGCUGUUUCUGACGGUGAACGGCUCGGCUCGACGCUGUCUGUUUGAUGUUCUAGUCCGGGUACACAGACGCUACAGCCGGCGUAAUGUGGUCAGCACUGGGGAUCUGGGGCUGAGGGGCGAGGGAGGGUUGGGAGGGUCUGGGACCCUGGAGGGGUCUGCUCGCGCUGGGAGCCAGCUCCUGGAGAUGUUUAAUAUCGGACAGCAGCAGAUCUUUAGGCCGACCGAUGAAGAGGAGGAGGAGGUGGAGAAUGCGAGCCCUUCAUUAGGGUCAGGGGUGGGGGGCUGUCCUCAUCCCAAUGAGAACCACCACCAGGCAGGAGGAGGAGGGGGAGGAGGGAGACAUGGAGGGAAGGUGGUUCUACAGAAAGAGACCGAACCAACCAGAGAGAGCGUCCCGGUAACUAAAGAUCAACCUCAACCUUUCUUAUUGCCCGAGGUCUCACCUGUCCGUGCCUGUGCUUACACCUCCUCGUCACAGGUGGCGCCAGCAACCCCCACGGAGCCCGAGGACGCCACCCAGUUUGGGUUCGGGCCAUUCGAGCUGCCGCCCCAGUGGCUGCCGGAGACCAGGAACAGUAAAAAGAGGCUCCUCCCACCGCUAGGGAACACCCCAGAGGAACUGAUCCAGACCAAACAGCCACGCCCAAGGCCAGAACGACGAAUCAGCAGGAACAACAAGGUCAGCACCUUCCCCACAUCGACCCCUGAACUAUAAACCCCGACCUUUGAACUGAUGGCCCCUGAUCACAGCAAUCGGCGGAGGUCAGCAUGUGGAUGAUUUGUGAUCCGUUUUGUGUCAAUGACUGGGUACAAAGUCAGUGGAGGAAACCCCACCUGACCAACCACCUGAUCAACCACCUGACCAACUAUCUGACCAAUCACCUGAUCAACCACCUGACCAACCACCUGCCCAAGGGCCCCCUGUAAGAGAGAACAGAAAGUACAACUCCAGAGCUCGAUGAGUCUGUCUCAUUGUUGAUUCUCUCUGUCGUGUAAUGCAGUGGUUCCCAACAUUAGGGCAGGGAUCAGUGGUUCCCAAAUGUUUUAUAGUCCCGUACCCCUUCAAACAUUCAACCUCCAGCUGUAUCC